AUGAAGUUACCGGAGUCUAAAAGCACUAGCCGGGCUGCACGCAUGGGUCUUACUCCUAGAGGAGUAAUCGGGGGCCCAUCUCUUCUUUUGUUUUUUUCUUCUUCAACAUAUGAAUGCAAUUUUCCUUCUCAAACCCUAACUCUAACAAGAGCCAUCUUCCAGCCCCUCUCUCUCGCUCAGACGUCUUCUUCAAUCCUCAUCUCUCUGCUCAGCGCCCUCCUAGCCCGUCCGCCUAGACCGCCUAGAGCCCGCCUAGCGCCCGCCUAG